UUGAAGUUAUUGUAUCCUCCCUAACGUAAAUAUAUAUAUGCCUUUAUCUUUCUUUUCGCUUGAUUGUAUCUGCGUUAUCGAAUUAAUAACCUACAAUGGGGUGGGAUCAAGACGCCCUCAGAGCCCAGUUUUGCCAUGCACUUUCCGAAAUGUACAAGAGCGAAGUCCCUCUCUACGGAGAUCUAGUAGAUCUCGUUUGGAAGGCAGAUGCCGAAGCCAUCAACGCCAGCCAGAAACAAGGGACCGCAGUGAUUGACCCGGACGAGAUCCUACCGUCGCGAAAUCGAGUCGAAAGACAUGGCGCCAUCCGGCUAGGUACCGCAUACGAGCUCUCAACUAUUCGACGUAUGUUUGCAAUCAUGGGCAUGUUCCCUGUAGGAUAUUACGAUCUGAGUGCGGCCGGAUUCCCAAUGCAUGCUACUGCGUUUCGUCCCUGGACAAAGAAAGCGCUAUCCAAAAACCCAUUUCGAGUGUUCACGACGGUUCUACGUAUGGAGUUGUUGACGGAGAAAACCCGAGACCUGGCACAAAGAGCCCUACGACAGAGGAAUAUCUUUACGGAUCGGUUAGUCGCUCUCAUUGAGCUAGCUGAAAAGCAAGGUCAGCUUAGUCCGACGGAUUGCAGAGAGUUUAUCGUGGAAGGGCUAGAGACGUUCCGGUGGCAUUCCAGGGCGACUGUGACGAUGGAGGAAUAUCAGAUUCUAAAAGCUGAGCAUCCACUAAUUGCGGAUGUUGUUUCCUUUCCCAGUUGCCAUAUUAAUCAUCUCACGCCACGAACAAUCGAUAUCGAUCUAGUGCAGAAAAUGAUGCAGGAGCAUGGCAUGCCCGCAAAGGAACGGAUUGAAGGUCCCCCGCCACGGCAAUGUCCGAUUUUGCUCCGUCAGACUAGCUUUAAAGCAUUCGAGGAAACUGUUUACUUCCGAAACACUCAUGGAAAUUUUGUAAAAGGGUCGCAUACAGCUCGGUUUGGGGAGGUUGAGCAGCGCGGAUGCGCUUUGACGCGAAAAGGCCGCCAACUUUACGACCGAAUCUUGUCACGGGCCAAUAUUGAGUCUACAGGGAGAGGUGUCAGUGCUUCUGAGUAUGACAGCCUCCUGGUGAAUCAUUUCAUGGAGUUCCCGGACGAUAUGGCCCAGUUGCAGUCUCGGCAACUGGCGUAUUUUUGUUACCAUUUAACGCCACACGGUCAAGAGUCCCCAGGGCUCGACCUGCAAGGGGGGAAUAUGACCUUGAAACAGCUACUGGAGAAUAAAAUCGUCGAGUAUGAGCCCAUCACAUAUGAGGACUUUCUACCCUUGUCGGCCGGAGGUAUCUUCAAUUCAAAUUUAGGAAGCACGUCCCAAUCUAAACAGCUGGUCAUGGAAGCUGAAGCUGACUUGGAUGGAUUUCAACGUAUGCUUGGGACGUCUAUAAUGGAUGAGUUCCAUCUCUAUGCGCAAAUACAAGAGAACAGCUUGGAAUGCUGUCGAAGGGAAUUAGGAUUAGAUAUGAUUCUAGAGUGAGUAAUAGUAUUUCGGUAUGUUGUCACUAGGCGUAUAAUAAUAUUAUUCCAAUGUGAAC